AUGGCAGAAACAAAGGACGAAGCUUACGAGGAAGAGCUUCUCGACUACGAAGAGGAAGAAGACAAAGCUCCCGACACCAACGGAGCUAAAGUCAACGGUGAAGCUACCAAAAAGGGCUAUGUCGGAAUCCACAGUUCAGGCUUUAGAGACUUUCUUCUCAAACCAGAGCUUCUUCGGGCUAUUGUCGAUUCGGGAUUUGAACAUCCAUCUGAAGUGCAACACGAGUGCAUACCUCAAGCAAUCCUAGGAAUGGACGUAAUUUGUCAAGCGAAAUCUGGAAUGGGAAAGACUGCUGUCUUUGUUCUUUCAACUUUGCAGCAGAUUGAUCCUGUUCCAGGUCAAGUAUCUGCACUUGUUCUGUGUCAUACAAGAGAACUAGCGUACCAGAUAUGCCAUGAGUUUGAGAGGUUUAGUACCUACUUAACUGAUCUCAAGGUUGCUGUCUUUUAUGGUGGGGUCAAUAUCAAAGUUCACAAGGAUCUGUUGAAAAAUGAGUGCCCUCAAAUUGUUGUCGGAACGCCUGGGAGAAUACUAGCACUGGCUAGGGAUAAGGAUCUUUCUUUGAAGAAUGUUAGACAUUUCGUUUUAGAUGAAUGUGAUAAGAUGCUUGAAUCACUAGACAUGAGGAAAGAUGUUCAAAACAUUUUCAAAUUGACUCCCCAUGAUAAGCAAGUUAUGAUGUUUUCAGCAACACUCAGCAAGGAAAUCCGCCCAGUCUGCAAAAAGUUUAUGCAAGAUCCUAUGGAAAUUUAUGUUGACGAUGAAGCCAAGUUAACUCUUCAUGGACUUGUUCAGCACUACAUCAAAUUGAAAGAGGAGGAGAAAAACCGCAAGUUGAAUGAUCUUCUUGAUGCACUAGACUUCAACCAAGUUGUUAUCUUUGUGAAAAGUGUUAGCAGAGCAGCUGAGCUUGACAGACUACUCAUAGAAUGCAAUUUUCCAUCUAUAUGCAUUCACUCCGGCAUGUCCCAGGAAGAAAGGUUAAAGCGUUAUAGAGGUUUCAAGGAGGGGCAUACAAGAAUUCUUGUUGCAACAGAUUUGGUUGGAAGAGGGAUUGACAUUGAACGUGUCAAUAUUGUUAUAAACUAUGACAUGCCUGAUUCUGCAGACACUUACUUGCACAGGGUUGGCCGAGCUGGAAGAUUUGGUACCAAAGGCCUUGCAAUCACAUUUGUUUCAUGCUCUACUGAUGUUGAUGUUCUCAACAAUGUUCAGUCAAGGUUUGAAAUAGAUAUAAAGCAGCUUCCUGAGCAGAUUGAUACCUCUACCUAUAUGCCAUCGUAG